GAUGGCGUUAGGGUGCGUCCCAGAGCGGCUGGGACAGAAGGGCUCCUGCCCCCCAACUUUCCAGAGUGGGUCGCCGUGGGGCUUCCCCGGGGGGGGGGGGGCUGGUUUCGUUCACAGCCGCUUCUCGUCUCCGGGAAGCGUGGGGCUGGUGAGCCAGCCCCCCGGGAUCCUGGAUGCCGCAGCCCUCGGGGUGCAGGCUCAAUGGCUACCAAAGGCCGCCUCCGCCCAGAGGUCCCGCGAAUUCCAACCCCGAGCCCCAGGGGCUGGGCCGGGGCGGGGAGGCGCCCUCCCGCUCCCUGUCUGCGACCAGAAGCAGCAGAGGGAACGGCGCGGGCAAAGGCCGGACCCGGAGUCGCGGCUGGACGACCUGCCCUUGCAACUUCAGUCUUCCCAGCGAGCCGCAGCGGAGACGCGGGCUUAGGAAGAGACGGGGGCCGGCCCGGCCCAGACAGCAAGUCGGUGACCUGGCUGACGCAAACCCCAGCAAUGCCGCUGAGCUCCCGGGUCACGGCCACAGGAGAAAAAGAGUCUCAAGUGGACAUGCAAAGCUUGUGGAGAGAAGCAGUCAUUUUUGCGGGUCUCUGGAAGAACCUGGAAAUGUUGAUGAAGAGGAAAAUGCAGGGCCCGGGCAGGCUGAGCGUGGGAGUGCGCAGGAAAAACCUCAGUCCUCAGAGAACCGCUGGCUGAAGUAUCUGGAAAGAGACUCGAAAGAGCUGGGGAUAGAAAGAGGAGUGUGUUUCGAGAGACCGCCCUUGUGCAGGACAGAGAAGCCAGAGCCUCCCUUCAACACAGGCCUGCCUAGAAAAAGGAAAUGCAGCCAGAGCGCAGUCUGGCCUCCACACAGCCCCGAUGUCCAGAACCUAAGUGAUUCUGAAGUUACCUUGGAGCCCCAGAAGGACCACGCUGGCCUGGCCGGGAAGGUCAUGGAAGGCGGCAGCCACAAGGAUGGGGGCACCGGGGAGCUUUCUGUUCCUCAGGGGGGUCCUCCACGUCCGGCCCCGCAGCUAAGAGCCACGUCAUCCAAGUGGGAUCGCUUCCUUCUGCUGCCUGGAAAUGGCCCACGUGUGGACACGGAGCCCCCAGUACCCCUGCACAGAGACCCCAGGCCAGCCGGGGCAGCACUGGCUGAGCAGGGGACCCCAAGGGAAGGGCGCCCCAGCAGGCCCCUCAGUGCACCCAAGCUUCCCUGGCCCACACACACUCUCACAUCGGGGUCCCAGAGGCCCUGCGGAAAGCCCCCCGGACAGCCACAGGACACUGGUCCUCUGGCAAAGGGCAGGCCCACGGUCACAGGGGUACAAGAGCCCCCACUCGUGCGACUGUGUGACCUCUUUGAAAGUGGUGAGGAUUUUGAGGACGACCUGUGAACUGAAACUAGACAGUUACCGACACGGACACACGUUACAUGAACCUUUCUCCCCUGGACCUCUCGGCCACUGCAAAGGGAGCUCCCUAAUUAGCUUUUAAAUAGGACUAGGGUUGGGGGGCACCUGGGAGGCUCAGUCCGUGAAGCGUCUGCCUUCGGCUCAGGUCAUGAUCUCAGGGUCCUGGGACCGAACCCCGCAUCGGGCUUCUUGCUCAGCGGGGGGAGUCUGCUUCUCCCUCUGCCCUUCCCACGUGCUUGUGCACGCUCACACAGUCUUUCUCUCUCAAAUAAAAUCUUUAAAAAAAAAAAAAAGGACUGGCGAUGACUUACACAAACCGUCGAGAAGGACACACACAACUAUCAGGUCAUCUGUGGUUGUAACAUCUUUGAUUAAAGUGCUUACACCAUUUAAUUACUGAUUGCAAAAUAGCAACAUAAUGGUUACAACAGGGUUUUCUUACUGUAAAAGCAACAGACGCGUCUGGAAAUGACAGAACUAGAGCGGUUAUGGAACAGGCAGUAUUCUGUGAGCUCCGGCCUCCCUUCCCUCUCAGCCCCUCCUCAUUUGCAGAUUCAAGAAGCCAAGUCCUGGACUGCCCUGUCCUCACUCCUCUCCCACGCAGCAGGAUGUCAGCUGUACUCACUCUAAAUUUGGAGCUGAUCGGGUUUCUAGCAGAAAAUCAACUACAUGUCAGCCUAC